AUGUUCAGGAAAUUCACAAGAGAAGAUAUUCAUACUCGUUCGAACGUUAAAUCGUCUAUACAAAGAAACCUAAAGGCCAAAUUGAUAGCGCAGUAUCCCAAAUUGGAGGAAGUUAUCGAUGAGAUCAUCCCAAAAAAGGCUCAAAUCGAACUUUACAAGUGUGAAGGUAAGAUCCAUUUGUAUUUGGUGAAUGGAGAAGUGCUUUUCUUCCAAAACUUUGAUGAAUUGAUCCCAUCUUUGCGUUUUGUGCACAAGUUCCCAGAAGCUUUCCCCACGGUGCAGGUCGAUAGAGGGGCCAUUAAGUUUGUGUUGGCUGGGUCUAACAUCAUGUGUCCAGGUUUGACUUCUCCUGGUGCGAAAUUGCCAGAAGCUCCAGGCUAUGAGAAGGAUACGAUUGUGGUGGUGAAUGCGGAAAAUAAGGGUGCGGCAAUGGCCAUUGGUAAGCUAAUAAUGAGCACUGAAGAGAUCAAGGAGGUCAACAAGGGUCCUGGUGUGGAAAUGAUUCAUCACUUAGGCGAUCCUCUAUGGACUUUCUCUGCCGAUUAG